AUGUUACUACAUCAAAUUGAAGCCCUUGUGGACGUUGGAGUACGACAUAUCAUUCUUGCUGUAAGUUAUCGAGCAGAACAGGUGGAAGAUGAACUAAAAUAUUUAGAAAAAUCCUUAGGAAUUAAAAUAACUAUAUCACAUGAGAAGUUGCCUUUAGGUACAGCUGGACCACUUGCAUUGGCAAGGAACUAUUUGCUGGAAGAUGAUCAACUAUUCUUUGUACUCAACAGUGAUAUUAUUUGUGAUUUUCCCUUUAAAGAAAUGAUCAAAUUUCAUCGACAGCAUGGACAGGAAGGAACAAUUGCUGUGACCAAAGUGGAUGAACCUUCUAAAUAUGGUGUUGUAAUCUAUGAUGGAUGUACUGGAAAGAUCCAUAAUUUUGUUGAAAAACCACAAGAAUUUGUGUCUAAUAAAAUCAAUGCUGGUAUGUACGUCUUCAGUACAUCCAUACUAAACAGAAUUCAGCUAAAACCUACAUCUAUAGAAAAAGAGAUAUUCCCUGUCAUGGCCAAAGAUGGUGAUCUGUAUGCAAUGGAAUUAGAAGGAUUUUGGAUGGAUGUUGGUCAACCCAAAGAUUUUCUCACUGGUAUGUGCCUUUACCUAAGCUGUCUGAAACAAAAAACACCAGAGAAACUUUUUGAUGGAGAAGGAAUUGUGGGAAAUGUGCUAAUUGAUUCUACUGCUCAUAUUGGGCACAAUUGUCGGAUAGGACCAAAUGUUACUAUUGGACCUGGUGUUGUUAUUGAAGAUGGUGUUUGUAUCAAGCGAUGCACCAUCUUGAAAGAUGCUCAUAUAAAAUCUCAUUCUUGGUUAGAAUCCUCUAUCAUUGGGUGGAAAUGUACUGUUGGUCAAUGGGUGCGCAUGGAGAAUGUUACUGUGCUUGGUGAAGAUGUGAUAGUAAAAGAUGAGUUAUACAUCAAUGGUGGUCGUAUCCUGCCUCAUAAAGCCAUAUCCGUUUCUGUGCCUGAUCCACAAAUUAUCAUGUAA